AUGGUUCACAACAAGAAAGCAUUUCGACCACGACAUGGAAACAAUAACCAUUCCUUUUUACCUCUCCCAGCUACAUUCAGUCGGAUCAAUCAGAGGAAGAAAUUCCCGGUGGUUUUGAUUGGCGCGCUUCUAAUAUGGUUUUUCUUCAAUCCGUUCACGUUUUUUUCACUGCUAUUUACAAAACCAACCAUCCGACUGUAUUCUCCACCGCACCCGUACUCGAGUGACCAGUUGAUUGAAACACAGUCGAGGUUUAUUUAUCCGCCCGUUGAGCAUGCAGACUCGCUAAAGCAAUUGGGCAUCCUGAAAUUGGUUCUUCAGUUUACCCAAGCGGGAAGUGACAAGACAGAACUAAAGCCGUUGGCGGUGAUGGACGAUCCAGAUGUAAAUGUUCAAAAGGCAAAAGAGGAAGAGCAAAAUGCCAAGGAUAUAUUGAUGAAUGCGAAAAACCAUUUCAAAAACCAAGACAAGGUUGUAUAUAGACCAAAGUCAUUGGCUAAUUACCCUGACGUGGUCAUUGUCACCGCCAUUGACUUUAACAAGUACUCGUUGGAUGGCUUGACGAAAAUCGUGCAAAACAGAGUCGAUUACGCCUACCAUCAGAAAUACGGUGUCUAUGUGCGCUGGGCUGCGGAGUUUAUACCUCAGCUUGGCUCGAUGGGAGCUUUAAACGAAGAACAAAAAGCCAAAUGGGUUCGGUUAUUCUGUCUCCAAGCAGCGCGUCUUGCGUUCCCACACACGAAAUGGUUUUGGUAUUUGGAUGAAAAUGCCCUUUUGAUGGACAUGUCCAUUAGUAUAGACAAGAUCUUGUUGAGCCCCGAACUGCUCAACAAGCAGAUGCUACGCGAUCAACCCUUGAUUCCACCUCAUGGGUUAAUCAAAACUUACAAGAGCACCAAAGCCGAAGGUAUUAAAUUGAUUGUGACCCAGUCGGACAAGAUGAUUGAAACCAACUCGUUCUUUGUCAAGAAUGACGCAUUUGGCAAGGCCCUCAUUGAGAUUUGGAGUGAUCCACUUUACAAAAACUAUCCUAGUUUUCCCCACGGACCCGACUCGGCAUUGACACACAUGUUGCAAUGGCAUCCGUUUGUCUUGAGCAAGACUGCUAUUGUUCGGGCAAAAUUGAUUGCAGCUUCGCAUGACACAACCACCACCACCAACAACAACAACAAUAACAAGAAUGUUGCUAAAUCAGAAACAUACGAAAAUGGAGAUCUCGUUGCUCAAUGGUCCUCGUGUAAGGGAAGUGAGGAAUGCGAAGCGAUAUUGAAUGUAUAUUCUGGGAAAAAACUGAAAAAUGAGAAAGUUUAA